CAUUCUCACCGUUCAUAUUCUCUUUCUGUUGCCUCCGUUUGUUUCUUAGGCAAAAGGUAAAAAAAAAAUCAUGGCACCGAAAGCAGAGAAGAAGCCAGCGGAGAAGAAGCCGGCGUCUGAGAAGCCUGCUGAGGAAAAGAAGACGGUGGCUGAGAAGGCCCCGGCAGAGAAAAAGCCAAAAGCCGGCAAAAAGCUACCAAAGGAUGGAGGUGCUGCCGCUGGAGAAAAGAAGAAGAGGCGGACGAAGAAGAGCACCGAGACCUAUAAGAUCUACAUCUUCAAGGUCUUGAAGCAGGUCCAUCCUGACAUCGGGAUCUCGAGCAAGGCCAUGGGGAUCAUGAACAGUUUUAUCAAUGAUAUUUUCGAGAAGCUUGCUCAAGAAGCUUCGAAGCUCGCUAGGUACAACAAGAAGCCAACUAUCACAUCGAGGGAGAUCCAGACUGCGGUGAGGCUUGUUCUUCCGGGUGAGCUUGCCAAGCAUGCCGUGUCUGAGGGGACCAAGGCGGUGACCAAGUUUACUAGUUCUUGAAGUGGCGGCGAGGGUAAUGGUCUCUAGGGUUUGUGAAUGUUGCAGUUGGGAAAUUUAGGGCUAGGAGUUUAGUUAUAGGGUCUUGCAAUGGUGAAAAUGAUUUUCUUUUGCCUUUUGAUUAGGUUAUUAUGGUGGAUGUAAGUAGUAUUGAUAUGAUUCUGGGGUGAUCAUAAUGAAUGUUGGUUUUUUGUUUGUUAAUUUGAGGUGCUUCUUUUUUACGCAACAAGAUUUUCAAU